UCUGGACUACCAGCGUUGCUGGCGACUCAUGAUGGACGUCUUCUUUCUUUUGCUCUUGUCGCAAUCAUCAUGAUGGUAUCCGACGCUGUGGUAGUGGUCAUGCUCAGCAAUAAUACCCCGGGAAGAGGCUGGGGUGAUUAGCUCCGAGGAUUGGCCGGCCAAGGAGCCUUUGACAAACGACAGUCUUGAUCUGAGAGUUGUCGGUCAGUAGCUAAGUACACAACUACAGUACAGUACUAGUGAGCCAUUGGAACUGACUUAAUCAAGAUAGAUAGUUAGGAGUCGAGGUGGAGUCAGGACCACACCCUGUAUUCGGCCGAGAGAAACCUUAUCGUCGGGACUCUCGUAAUAUUUGCCAGGGUGCUUUCCAGGCGCCUGGUCUGCCAUCCUCAAGUAUGUAGAGACCGAGCCUUGCUUGACCGACGACUGCCGAGUUUCCCAGGAGAGAUAUCUUCAGAAGUCAAUGGAACCUAGCUGUCGAUCUACACCAUCAAUGCCCUUUCGGUCAGGUCACGGUUCACGCUAGGUUACCACCGGUGCGGACAAAAAGCAUCUUGGCUGGUCUGGCGAUCCUGCCGGCAGCUGCGAUCUCUUGGAUGAUAGACCCCACGACGAGUGACACGCAUACGUACACGCAGCCCAAUGAGGAGAUCUACCGCAAACGACCAGUCGUGGCGUUCUGUCAUCUUGGAAUCCAGCUGCCAACUGCAACCCUCAACACCACCCUCCUCUUCCGAAAGGAGAAAAGGCCUCCUGCAACAUCAACCCAUGUUGCCCUUUUGAUCUCAUAUCGGCGACCGUCACGUCCCCGGGUGCAGUUGGAACCCUGCCUUCUUAAAGCGGUCAACUGAUGGCAAGAAUCGAGGUGAAUCCGGUCGCUCUCCAAACUGCCGUUGUCCUUCGGUCACAGUUGGUUAGAGCGAACUCGUACCCUGCAGGUAAUACUUGAAGAAGCGCUUACACUCGAUGACCAAUGGUCUCUCAAGACCAGGAUGGCUCUUACUACACCUCCCUGUGAUAUUGACUGAAUACAUAUCCUGGGGUCGUCGUCCGGUUUCCGAGCAAUCCCUUUGCAGAUCAGGCCAGCCAAUCCGCUCUUGUGGCCCCGCAGCCGGCUCAGUUGCUUUAGUCACCUCUACCGUCACCGUGAUGGUUCAGCUGAGACAUCGCAACGCUCUCAAUGCCCGCCAAACGGGAGGGAUAUGAUCUGUGGCCAAGCAUCAAGAUUGUACAUUCACGUCCUAAGGGAAUUCAGCGAGGGGCUGUGCCGCGAGGGUGUUCAGCACUCUGGACUGUUGUAUAUUGGAAUCGGAGACGAACUACCGACUACGCACAAGACCUUUGAUCGCCAUCUGUUGGGUUAUUCGCCGCAGCAUCAUGAUCAAAAUCCGUUCCAACCACGCUCCCCAGCUUACCACAUGCGCUGAUAACGUGGCGAGCCAUGAAGCACCCGCAGCCAACUGCAUACGUUGGAAGGACAGGGUCUAACGAGACAUGAUGUCAACCCCUCUGCUGGGACUCGCGCCGUAUCCCCGUGUUCACCUUUCUUCAGCAAAGAGAGACAAUUCUGCAAGAUCCGCUGACAGGAUGUUGCACGUUGGAACACAGCCGCUCGGGGACCUCCUGUCAAUAUUCUGCAACCCUUCUAUCCUGUCCCAUCGGCGAUCCUUUGAGACAUAUAGAUGUUCCCUCGGUCUGGUGUCCAGCUUAUUUCCAGUGAAUCUAGGUGACUGGAGUGCUCCAGAAUUGCCGUGAAUGGAGCAGUCUCGAAGAAACAAUCGCCUAGAAAAAGACUCAGUAGUAUUCUACAUGCGGAGGUGGUCUAUCCCACUGCUCCCUUGUUACGACUGGCUAUCACCCAGGUUCUUCGCCGGUCUUGGUGUAGAAUAGUGCCUGUCGAGCCCCCCACACCGAUUCCACUCCAUUUCCCCCGGUCCUACCAGCACCCCCUGCCCACCUGGACGGAGCAGGAGGGUGGGAUGAUGACCGGUCAACUACCAACGGUGAUGACCAUCUUGCCCUCCAAGUGCGCCGGCACCGCCACCGAUUCACCCGGGAACACCCACCCAUAGCGAGCGUUUGGCCUUCUCCUUGUUACGCAAGCUGUCAAGCUCAAGAGAUAACCUAUCGGAUGGUGUAUCGUCUCGGCUGUUGUGUCGCCCCGGCAGAGGUGGGCAUCUUCGGGUGGGAGAUCAACAUGAACUCGGAGAAACUUUACAUGGCACUAUCAGGGGUGUACAAAUAUUUAAAGGGUUGAUUUCGUCCUCGUCCCCCACACUAGGUCAGGCACACGUCCAACCAACUUCUAUUUCACCAUCAUAUUGUGAAUUUCGUCAUUAUGGCUCGUCCUGGUAUUCUUUUGCGCUUUUCUGAGAGGAGGCACCGUAAGGGUUCGAGCCUCAACGGACAUAUCAAGCCGGCGGACGCCACCAGUCCAGUCACUACACCAACACCUAGACCAGUCACACGAGAGAAAUCCUGGAAGCAUCGGUCUUUGGGGUCUAUUACAUCCAUCUUCCAUGGGCACAGCCAGGCGCCACAGAAUGUCUAUGAAAAGCCUGUUGAGGUUAUCAGACAGGAGGAGUACCCUCACAUGAACAAUGGAACCUACCUCGACCACUCGGGCACAACUAUCUACGCCGCCUCAACGGUGACCCGCUUCUCCCACAAAAUGCUCAACAAUCUCUACGGCAACCCCCAUUCAGAAAACAAGCCGGCCAAAGUUUCAGGAGACAUGGUCGACGAGAUCCGCCUCAAGGCGUUGCGCUUCCUCGGCGCAGACCCGGAGCACUUUGACCUGGUCUUCACCGCCAACGCCACGGCCGCUAUCAAGCUCGUGGCGGACUCGUUCCGGGAUCUGGCCGAGCAGACGCGCUCCGGUUCUUUUUGGUAUGGCUACCACAGGGAUGCUCAUACGUCUCUUGUUGGCGUGAGGGAGUUCACCCGCAACGGCGAGCACCACGUCUUUGCGCACGAUCAGGAGGUGGAAGCCUGGCUUGAGCACCCUGGGGCUUACCACAGGGCGAUUGACAGGGUGAGCAGCCUGGGCUUGUUCGCCUGGCCGGGCCAGUCGAAUUUGACGGGGAGGAGACUGCCGCUCGAGUGGGCUGGGCGGGUUAGGAGAUUGAGGGAGAUUCAGGGGACGUACACGCUACUGGAUGCGGCCGCGCUGGCGAUGACAUGUGAUAUGACGCGGGUGUUUGGUGACCCGUCUCAAGCACCGGAUUUCACUUGUGUGAGCUUUUACAAGAUUUUUGGCUUUCCGGAUCUUGGGGGGUUGAUUGUCAGGAAGGACUCGGGGCAUAUCUUGACGUUGAGGAAGUAUUUUGGGGGAGGGACGGUUACCAUGGUGAAGACGUUGGGUGGUGGACCGGUGUGGCAUAUUUCCAAGGGGGCGGAGAUGACGGAGGAGGGGGGGUUGCAUGAUGGGUUGGAGGAUGGGACGUUGCCGUUUCAUAGUAUUUUGGCGCUGGGGGAGGCGAUUGAGGUGCAGAGGGAUUUGUAUGGGAAUAUGGAGAAUGUGUCGAGGCAUGUGACGGGGUUGGUGGUGAGGUUGUAUGAGGGGUUGAGGGGGUUGAAGCAUGGGAAUGGGGGGGAGGUGGUGAGGGUUUAUGAGGAGGCGGGUGAGGAUGUGACGGGGUAUGGGGAUUCGAGGAGGCAGGGGGGGACGGUGGCGUUUAAUGUUUUUGGGGAGGAUGGGGGGGUGGUGAGUUAUGAUCGGGUGGAGGGGUUGGCGAACGAGAGGGGGAUUUAUGUUAGGAGUGGUGGGAUUUGUUGUCCUGGUGGGAUUUUUACUGCGUUGCAGUAUGAGCCGUGGCAGUUGAAUAGAGCCAAAUCGGCUGGGCAUCGGUGCGGUCCCCAUGGUUUAGGUGUAAUCAAUGAUCUCCCGACAGGCGUCGUACGAGCGAGCCUCGGAGCAAUGAGCACAACCAAAGAUGUCGACACACUCAUCGAGUUCCUGCGAGAGAUAUUUGUCACUCCGACUACAACACGAAAACGAGGUCACAGCCGCAAGAACAGCAACAGUAGCACUAUCAGCAACUCUUCUGUAGGGUCUGUAGGGUCAGUAGCGUUUGAGCCCAAGCCUGUUGAGACGUUUGCGGUGCAGGCGCCUCCACGGGUUACUUCGGGGUGCUGCUCCCUUUCAUGACGGUACUUUGGUAGGCUCUUGGUUUGGUUGGAAUGGUUGUAUAUUUGGGGUGUCAGGUUGGUUAGGAUGGGUUGGUACAUAUGGUGAAUGGAUGGGUCGGUUGGGUGGGUUUUGGUGGUUUGUCGUUUAUGGAUACGGAAGGGUAAUUGUUGAAUACCAUGUUCUGUUUCCCAUCACCUCUCUCCCAUGUGCACAAAGCUCCUGCAAUCUAAUACCUAAAGUCGCGGCCUCGAUUCCAACAAGCUUUUGUCCCGCAAGGAAAGGUCAGGUAGUCUGAUAAUCAUUGAGAUCCGAGGAGAAGUGCUUCACCGUG